UUUUUCUGUAUCGUGUCUUAGCUUGCUAAUUUUUAGCUACAAUAGUUCAUUUCUGUUCUAACUUAUUUCAGGCAUCCAACUAUGACGAAAGACAAAAGGCGGACCUGUCAGAAAGAAUCCAGCCCUGUCCACCGCUCUCCAAGUAAAAGCGGCGUGAAAAGAAAACAACGUUCUGCCGCUUCCACUGCACACAAAAAGCAUCCAGCUACGACCAAACCAAAAGUAGAGACCUCUCAAAAAGAAUCCAGCCCUCACAAAGGCUCUCCAAGAACAAGUGGCGCAAAAAGGAAGCGACGUUCCACCGCAUUGACUGCAGAUAAAAGGACCCCUGACAAGGUAAAGGUGCCCCCUGCAGAAAAAGACUGCAAACAUUUGGCCAAGACGUCCUCAAAGUAUGGCCUGGGGCUGCGAGCACACUUGCUGACUGACGGAGGU